AUGGCUACCUGCAAUGACUCGAACGGCAGCAACUUUGAAUACGCUGUGAAGCACUACUACCUACCAGUCAUGUAUAGUAUCAUUUUUACAGUAGGCGUACUGGGUAACCUGAUUUCACUAAUAGUCUACUUGGCUAAGGUCCGACCCUGGAGAACCAGCAGCAUCAUUAUGGUGAACCUCGCCUCCACUGACCUCCUGUACAUGUUGACCAUGCCAUUUCUGGUCUACUAUUAUUCCCUCAAGGCUUGGACGCUGGGCGAAUUCAUGUGUCAGCUCGUACGCUUGGGGUUCCACUUCAACCUCUACGCCAGCGUCUUCUUCCUCACUUGCCUGGCUGUGUUCCGUUACGUGGCUAUCGUGCACCCGACGCAGGCGGCCAGGGUCCAGAAAAGACGAUGGGGUAUACUCGCGUGCGUUUUAACCUGGUCCGUGGCCGUUUCACUGAUGGUGCCCAUUUUCAUCAUGGAUUUUACAGUCCAGGUGGACAACGUCACCCACUGCCUCGAUCUGGCCAGCAACGACUUCCAAAAAGUGUGGUGGUAUAGCUGGAUGUUGACGGCGAUAGGCUUCCUGCUACCCUUGGUAAUCGUGUGCGUCUGUUACGCGCGCAUAGCGACGGUCUUGGCUCAAGGCCCUCACAUUCAGAGAAGCCACCGCGUAAGGGCGAGGAAGCUCAUUGCGUUUAUUAUAAUCUGCUUUGUGGUCUGCUUUCUUCCGUUCCAUGUAUUGAGAGCACUGAGAAUAUACACAAACAAUGAUGACUUCUGCACGAUAAAGCAAUGGGUACAUGCGGCCUAUAUAAUGUCAAGGCCAGUGGCAGUGCUCAACAUUGUGUUCAACUUGGGUCUGUACACACUGGCAGGCGAUCGCUUCAAGCAGAGAUUUAGAAGUCUCUUUUUGCCAAGAAAAGGUGACCAGAGGAAUCAAUGA